CUUGAGCUUCGUUUCUCUAAUCUCCGGGCCCAGAACCAGGGUCUCAUCCAUUCUCUUAGUGGUCGCAUCAUGUGGGACAUUCGUUGAACUGCCUCUGCGACAGAAUUCGUAUAAGUCUCACAGUCUCGCGCCAUUCUAUAUUCUGAUCUCGGACGUCUGACCUCCACCACCAACGGGCAAGAUGGCGACACCGACUCUCGAUCAAUUCUUUGCGAGCGUUGCAGAUAUCGUCAAAUCCCGCGAUGGAGUCAAACUGCAGGACUUUCUGCAAAUUGAGCCUCCGCUCCCCGACAUCUAUCGGCAAAUGACUAACGAAUUACGGCAACACUAUCCCUCUGGCCCACGGGAAGGAGAUCUAUUGCGGCGAUGUGAAGGUUUAGUACCAAAGUUCAAGGGUAGCUCCUGGACUGCGUUCUCAACCUUCAUGAAGCUUUACUUCACCUUUCUGCGGGAUGUGAAUGUCGAUAACUUGCUCGAGACCUACGACCUUCUCAAAACACUCGUCAACCAGUGUGUUCUCGCGUUAGGUGACAGUCAAAUGGGUGUCAUUGUCCUGCCAACCGUGCUAUACCUCUCCAAAGUUCUUGCGAAGCUGGCCAUGGGUCUCGACCGCCGUCCCGAAUUGAUCGCACACUUACUCCGACUAGACGGCCGAUCGAACCAGGAUGAGACUGCGGAGAAAGUGACGCUGGUGGAAAAGUCUGCAAACGUAGUUCGAGAGGCAUUCAUCAAAUGUCUCACGGAUCGAAGCGGUACGCCAGGGAUUCACGGAAAGCCGGAAGGAAAGCGGAUUGGUAUUUAUCUUAUGGCCAAUCUUUGCUUGAAGUUACUGUUUCAGUGUGGCAAACUUCGAAAUGCGGAGCAAAUGUUCGCGAGUAUCAGCGCGCAAUCCCCGCCACUAAAAUACUUCCCGGCCUCUCAAAGAGUGACAUACCUUUACUAUCUUGGACGCUACCUAUUCGCCAAUAAUCUAUUUUAUCCAGCGCAGAUUGCCUUACAGGCCUCAUACGACCAAUGUCACCGCCAAGCAUUGAGCCAGAAACGUGCCAUUCUCACGUACCUCAUCCCAUGCAAUAUCAUCUUGGGCCGUUUCCCCACCCUACAACUGCUGCAGCGUCCGGAAGCUGAGGGCCUAGGGGACAAAUUUAUACCAAUAUGCCGACUGAUCGCUCGCGGCGACUACAUCGCUUUUCGGGAGCACCUUGCAGUAGGUUCCACUCAAACAGAGUGGUUCGCGCGCAAAGGAAUUCUUCUUCCCCUGCGCACUCGAUGUGAAAUCCUUGUGUGGAGGUCCCUUGCGCGUAAAGUCUUUAUUCACGGUGGCUUUCACGGUGACUCUCAGGGACAGAGCCGCGGACCGCCUCCGUUCUUGUACCUCAGCAAGCUUGAGAUUGCUAUUCAGUGGAUACAAUCUCAGCAUACGGCAUCAGCUCAGCAGGCUUACGGAUUUUUCGCGCCCCGUCCCGAGCUUGAUGCACAGGCAGGGAAUAAUCGCGUUGGCUCCCAGAUAGUAUACAAACAGCUAGAUUGGGAUUUUGAAGGUGUCAAUGAACUGGAUGCACAGGAAGCCCUUCCGGGACCCAGCCUAAUAGCCAAAUAUGCUGAUUAUCUGGCACCUGAUGGGUAUUUUGAUGCCCAAGGGCAAUGGCAAGCCAACUCAGCAGGAAACAUGGUUGACGGGCAGCCCUCGGCAGACUACAAACAGUUUGAGCUUGACCCCUACGCCAGCCGCCCCGAUCUUGAACCCGAGGACGGGAAGCCAACAUUGAUGAUGCGUGAGAUUGAAUCGAUUCUUGCGUCUCUCCUGACUCAAGGCCUCAUGCGGGGCUAUUUGACCCACAAAAACCCCCGUCUAGCCAUUCCAGGCGCGCGCCUUCGCGGCGCCCUGCCGACCGGCUUUCCUAACGUGUGGCAGACGAUAUACUCUCGAGAAAGUGAAGAUGAUAACGUCCCUGGAUGGGUCCAGCCUCCUGUCGCGGCGGCAAUCCCUUCGGCCGGUGGAGGAAGGGUGGUUAAUCUCUCGGGCGCACGACCUGUCGGAGUUCAAUGA